ACUAGUCAAUAGUUACUAGUUUGAAAACUAUAUUUAUUAAACUACAAAAAAUUUAAAAUACUAAUUAAUAAAUUAUGAAACUUUAUAUCAUAUUAUGUUCAAUAAUAUUGUCGUGUUUUGGUACCGCAAUUGAGGGCCACUUGUGCGGUGGGGACGCCGACUGUCAGAACAACGACUGCUGCGCCAUUGACAUCAGAAACCCACUCCCAUACGGCAACUGUACUAAAAUAUUUGAGCUUGAUGAAAUCUGCAAUACCAAGAGCGCGUACUGCGGGUGCGAUAAAGGUCUAAAAUGUGCCUAUCACCAAUCCGGAUAUCAAGUUUGCCAA